CUUUAAAUACCAAAAUCUAUGCACUCCUUCACUCAACUUCAACAAUCUUUUCUUUUCGUCUUAUUGUGAGCAACAAAGCCAUGGGGAAUUGCUUAGUUGUUGAAGAGAAAGUUAUAAGAAUUAUGGAGCCUGAUGGCAAAAUCCUUGAAUAUCAAGCCCCCAUCAAAGUUGAACAAGUGUUAUCAAACUUCUCCGGUCAUGCACUCUCGGAUUCAUUUUCAGGCUUCCACCAUCUUCAACCUGAUGCAAAGCUGAUUUCAGGGCAGUUGUAUUACCUUAUACCUCUUCCAUCACCAUCCAAAAAGGGUAAGAAAAAGAAAGUGAGGUUUUCAAAUCCAGAAGUGAAUGAUGACCAAGUAAGUAGUCCCAAUGUUGUCAGAAUUAAGUUGAUAAUUAGUAAGCAAGAACUGCAAGAGCUGCUUCAAAAUGGAGGAGCUUCAGCUCAGGACAUUGCAUCUCACAACAUACAAAGUAAACAAACCACAAAUGGAAUCAUCACACCUGAUGUUGAUGAUGAUAGCUGCAGAGAGUCGAAGCCUGUAUUACAAACCAUAGCUGAAGUAAACUAGUAACGCAGCAUAUCAUGUAGUAGAAAAUAUUGUUAGCUAGGAUUAUCUUACACAAAGAGUAGAUAUAAUUAAGUACACCAAAACAAUAUUGCUUGUCACCACAAGAUACGAUGAUGUCUCCUUAAUGAAAAUGAAUUAGUAGAUAAACUGGUGUUGAAUCCA